AUGGCAUCUAGUUCAAUUUCAGCAAAGGAAGCAGAAGAUGAGAGCACAAAGUUGCCAAAUUGGCUUGAACUUCCAAUAGAGAUCACUGCAAACAUUCUUGGGAGGCUUGAUACCAUUGACAUUGUCACAAACGUAUGUCAUGUCUGUCCUUUAUGGUGGAACAUAUGCAAGGAACCUCUUAUUUGGCGAACCAUUCAAAUGAUCAAUAUACGCAAUUCACCCUAUGAUUUAGUGAAGAUUUGCCACUAUGCCAUUGAACGAAGUUGCGGUCAAUUGGAAGAUAUUGGUAUUGAAGGCUUUGCUACUGAUGAUCUCAUUAAAUUCAUAGCUGAGAAUGGUAGUCACCUACGGCGUAUGCAGCUUAUAGUUUGCCGUGAAAUAUCAGAAAAAGGAAUGAUCGAAGUUCCAAAUCAAUUUCCAUUAUUAGAGGAGCUUGACAUUUUAUAUAGCGAAAAUUUAUCCAUGAAUUUUCUUGAAGUCAUUGGGCAAUAUUGUCCUCUUUUAAAAUCGUUGAUAUUUAGUAGGAAUUAUUACCGUACUUGUGAUGAUGAGGCAAUUGCUGUUGGAAAAACCAUGACUGAGCUACAUCAUCUAAAGAUUCACGGAAAUGUCCUCACUGAUGAGGGAUUGGUCGCGAUUCUUGAUGGAUGUCCUCUUCUUGAAUCUCUUGAGCUACAAAAAUUUCAUCGUCUUGAAUUUACAGAUAAUUUGAAGAAAAGGUGUCAUGAUCAAAUAAAAUUUUUAUGUCUCCCUAAUGUUAAAGCCAGCUCUUAUAAUGAUGACUAUGAUUGUUGGAAGAAUUUUUAUGGUGAAAAUUCAAAUGAUGAUACUAAUUCGGAAUAUUGUUGUGAUUAUGAAGAUGAUGAUUUCUGA